UCUAGACCAGCGCUUCUCAAACUUGGCUGCUUUAAGCUAGGCGGACUUCAACUCCCAGAAUUCGUAAAAAGAUCCCAUAAAAGCCCGGCGCUAAACCCCGCCUCGCUGGCGAUGCCUGUCAGUUCGAAGCGAGAGCACAGAGACGUGGACGGACACCCUCUGCCUCCCCCCACCGCUGCCAUAGCAACCCCAGAACAGGCACUUUAGGGACGACCGGCGCGCGGGGGACGUGCCGCCCUUCACACGGGGCCUCCUCGUGCGCGCCGCAGGGGGCUCGCUCUGGUGGUUGGGCCCGCUUGCCACAUCUUGGCGGCCUACGGUCGCGGUGGCUGGACGGGCCCGGGGAAGCGUGAGGCGGGGCUCGGGAACUUCAGUUGGAACUGAACGGGAUUGCAGUAUUGUUUGCCACUGGGCCAUUACCCUCCUUUCUCCCCUCCCCCAUCUCAAAACAACUCUUCCCCCUACUUAUUUUGGCAUUGGGCUUUCUACCUAAUAACAUCAGCAUUCCUAGUGAAUUUUCCCAACUAAAAGUGAAUGUAUGAAUACUUUAAUAACCGACACAUUGGGUGACAUCUGCAGUAUUCAGGAUCCUAAUGAAGCUUUUCAACCUUACCGUGAGGAACGUGGUUUCUCAAGUAUAUUGCGGGCUUAAACUUGCUCCAGCCAAGAAAGAAAGGGCAUACUUUGAAAUGGCACGACCCAGUUCAAAUAUGGCUGAAUUUCGAGAAAUAUUUGCUAAAGCAAAACAUAUAGCAAUUAUCACAGGGGCUGGAAUCAGUGCAGAGAGCGGCGUUCCAACUUUCCGAGGUGCAGGAGGCUUUUGGAGGAAAUGGCAUGCACAAGAACUGGCUACUCCAGAAGCUUUUGCAAGGAAUCCCUCUAGAGUGUGGGAAUUUUAUCAUUACCGUAGAGAAUUAAUGAUGACCAAACAACCAAACCCUGCACACCUUGCCAUAGCAGACUGUGAGACUAAGAUAAGCAAACAAGGCAGGAGUGUUGCGAUCAUCACACAAAACAUUGAUGAACUCCACAAAAGAGCAGGAUCAAAGCAUGUUCUAGAAAUUCAUGGUAGCUUAUUCAAAACCCGAUGCACCAGUUGUAGAAAUGUGGUGGAGAAUUACAACAGUCCAAUCUGUCCUGCCUUAGCUGGAAAAGGUGCUCCAGAUCCUGAAACGGAAGAAGCUACUAUUCCUGCGGGAGAUCUUCCUCGAUGCGAACUGUGCAAUGGCCUCUUGCGACCUCAUGUUGUAUGGUUUGGAGAAACUUUGGAUUCUAAUAUCCUUACAGAGGUUGAAAAAGAACUUGAGAUAUGUGAUCUUUGUUUGGUGAUUGGAACUUCUUCUGUAGUAUAUCCUGCUGCUAUGUUUGCUCCUCAGGUAUCUGCCAGGGGAGUGCCAGUUGCAGAAUUCAACAUGCAAAGCACUCCGGCAACAGAUAAGUUCAGAUUCCAUUUCUCAGGUCCCUGUGGCACUACAUUGCCCCCAGCCCUUGCCUGUGAAGAAACUGAGAUCACUUCUUGAAUAUUUAUGAGAAGUAAGAGAAAAACUAUAAUUGCCAAUGUCAGUAAUGGUGCAAAUGUAAGAGGAACAAGUUCUCCUGUGGAAAACACCUUGCUUGAAACUGAACAAUGGAAUGUCAAGAUGAUGGUGAACAAAAUAAAUCAUGUUUCUCAGAUGACAAGAAUGAGCAGUGAAAAAGGAUGAUGGACAGAGACAUGAAAAGUGGUUAUCACUGUUGGGAAAAAAAUCAUGUGAAUUGAAUGUAUAAAUAUACAAACUGCUCAAAUAUGGUGAAAAGGAUAUUUGUACUUUCAUAGUUUCAGACUGUAUCUUGGAUAAAUGUCAAGAAAAAAGAGAAUGUUACCAUUAUUCAUAUUUCACAAAAUUAUUUUCUGAAAACGGGGUAAAACUGAACAUUUUAAGAAUAAGCUAGCUUUUAAUAGAGCCUACACUCCAAUACUUUUCAGGAAACCAGUAAACAAAAGUAUUCUUUGUUAUAAGAUGAAAUGCCUCAGAUUGUAAGCAAUAUAAAAAUAGAUUAAUAGCUUCAAUUUACAUAUGGUUGCCUACUUCCAUUUCACUUCCAAAGUUGAAUGAAUAUAUGUAUGGACUUAAUUAGUUGUAAUUCUUAGCUGUUCUAAUGCACUAAAAUAAAUCAAUGCCUUUUUAAUUGAUUAAUAACGUUUUGUUGAUCAAAAAAUAAGGCUAUAUUAUGUUAGCAGGUAGCAUAGAGUAGACUGAUUAUAUUCUGCCCCUUAUUAGAGUAACACUAAUAAACACAUUGAAGGGAACUGAGCUUGAUAUAGAGGCCUGCUUGUGCUAUAGGAAAGAAUGGAGAGGUAACAUUUUGCAGCCCCUGGUUCCUCGUGAAAAGCUUUGUGGAAAGUGGAGAACAAGCAGCAAGGUGGCUUCCUGCCCCUUCCUCCUCUUCGGAUGCUCCGCUGGUUUCUUCCACAGUGAGCCGUUCUGAAUGCCUGUAAUAUGCAUUUUUAUAGAGAUGCUAUUAGCCACGGUUGUUCCCCUCCUUUUUAGCAGUCAGUUUGGCUGGGUGAACUGGAAAGAAUAUUUUUCAAAUCCUAAAGUUGCAAGGGGCCAAUCUUGCUCAGUG